AUGGCUCAGUCCAAACCGGCCAUUUCACCCUGGGGCGGCGCUGUCGCUGGCGCAACCGGAGCCGUCAUAGCAAAUGCCUUGGUGUAUCCUCUGGAUAUCGUCAAGACGCGGCUACAAGUCCAGGUCAAGCCUUCCGGCGAAAAAGGCGCGGAUUCUUCCGAUGAAGUACACUACACGUCGACCUGGAACGCCAUCUCGCGGAUCGUGGCAGAAGAGGGCCUCCAGGGCCUGUACGCCGGCAUGAACGGCUCUCUGGUUGGCGUAGCGUCUACGAAUUUCGCAUACUUCUACUGGUACACCGUCGCCAGAGCGCUGUACGCAAAGUCUGCGGGCCCUUCUGCGAGCGCGCCCUCCACAGCGAUAGAGCUCUCCCUCGGCGCCGCUGCCGGUGCUCUGGCGCAGCUCUUCACGAUCCCCGUUGCCGUUGUGACGACUCGCCAGCAGACCGCUGCAAAGGCGGACAGGAAGGGCCUCAUUGCGACAGCCCAGGAAGUCAUCGAGGGGCCGGAUGGUGUCAGCGGACUUUGGAGGGGUCUCAAGGCCAGUCUUGUCCUGGUCGUCAACCCGGCCAUCACAUACGGCGCCUACGAGCGGCUGAAAGACGUCUUUUUCCACGGCAAGACCAAGCUGCAGCCUUGGGAGGCAUUCGCCCUGGGAGCCAUGUCCAAAGCUCUGGCGACGAUAGCUACUCAGCCCCUCAUUGUUGCCAAGGUGGGCUUACAGUCAAAGCCGCCUCCUGCGAGAAAAGGAAAGCCAUUCAGCAGCUUCAUAGAGGUGAUGCGAUUCAUUAUCGAGCAUGAAGGCGUCCUCGGGCUCUUCAAGGGGAUGGGCCCCCAGAUCUUAAAGGGCCUCCUUGUCCAGGGAAUUUUGAUGAUGACAAAAGAAAAGGUUGAAUUGCUUAUGGUGCUAUUUUUACGAUACCUCAAGUCACUCAGCCUCUCGAGAGCACGGGGAGCUAUUGCGGCUUCAUCAGCUGCGACUUUGGCGAAGAACGCCACACUGAUAACUCCCUUAGUAAAAAGCUAA